ACUUCAGCCCUUCCUUUGCAUGUAUUCAUUACAAACUUCUGUUAUCCACAUUUGGUGGCUGGUGGCACUAACGAUUGCUCUUCUUUGAUUUUCUUGUUUUGUUUUGUCAGACGGACGAAAGCUUAUUAUCAUCUCCGGUGGAUAUCUGUCUGGUUUUUUUACAUUACACUAUGUGGCUUCUUCUAGCUGGGUUUGUGCUGCUGUUGUGUGCUGCAGAUGCCACACCUGUUGGUGGCAGAACAGUUCCUGAUUUUGGAAAGAUGUAUCAUGUCAAAGGUGUGCUCUCUUUGCCUUAUUCUGAUUCAGAAACAGAACCGUUUGAAGUUUGGUACGACCUUGAGGGGAACAGAAGUCGAAUCGACUAUCGAAAUAGCAUAGUGCGUACUUUUCUGAUUGGAAACAACUUGGAUUAUGGUACCAUUCACAAGAUCACACCAGUUAACACUUGGACUGAAAUCCAAGCUAUUAAGUGUUUCCGUCUUAAAGGUACCAAGGAGGAUCCAAUACGUCCACAGGCAGCGCUGCCUGAUCUGCAGGGCUUUGAAUUUGAGAAGAUGGAGAAUCACACUGGCGUUCUGUGUGAGGUCUGGAAAAAAGUCACACAGGUUGGCCAUAAGAAGAACACGUAUCGUCUGUGGGUCACACGUCCAGAGGGAAAUGAUUCCCUAGCCACCCCACACCGCUUUGAGAUGGUGGGCUUCAACACUCUUUUGGAGUCCUACAAUGACAAAUACACUAUUGACUACAGUGACUUCAGCCCACACACUGAGUCUGACAUUUUCAUACGACCUGGAGGAAUGACCUGUAGAGAGUUUCCUGACCCUGUAGAGGAGCAUCAAAUAUUGGCCAACCCCAUUCAAGACUAUGUGAGCACCUCCCCUAUUAGUCACGCCCACCGUCUGUUUGGCCCCUUUAUGAAGAAGUUCAAUCGUCAGUAUAAAAGUGCGAAGGAGCAAGAGGAGCGUGAGAACUACUUUGUACAUGCGUUUCGGCAUGUGCACACAGUGAACAGAGCUGGUCUUACAUACAGCCUUGGUAUCAAUGACUUUGCCGAUUGGUCGGAUACAGAAAGGAGGCGCUACCACUGAUCUAUAUAAAUGUUCUUUAUUAUAGAUCAGUGAGUACAGUUAAAAUGGAUUUGCUGACUACAUAAACUGUGACUUUGAAAAGUUACAUAAAUAAACACCAUUCUGAAUUGAAACAAUGA